AUGGAGUCACUCGGUUCUUCUCAGGUUCCUCAGGAGGAGAACCCAUCACCCGUGGAACUGAUGGUUCUGCACACUGACUGGAUUUUCGGAUUCACGAGUCAUCUUCUGAAAAGGAAGCAGAAGCGCAGCAUCUGCAAAGCACAGCGCAAAGUAAAAGUUUUCCCAGAAGCCCUGAAGGUGCGCCAGCACUAUCAUUUCAUAGAAUUAAAGCACCUGAGCGAUAAACAUUUUUCAUGCCUUCUGCAUCUUCUGAACCUGCCUUUAUUUCUGUUUCCGCAUCAGGUCAUCGAAGGCUCGGCAUAUAAAGCGCCGCUGCACUAUGGAGGACUCGGUCCCAGAAAAAAGCUCCACUCUGCGGAUGAGAUUCGGCACGGCUGUCGUCCGAACCCAGAGGGCGCCGGCUCGGCGUCGGCGAGGGAGCGCGGCACCGGGAGGGCGUGUCAGAGAUGUCACAUCCUCACCAACCAACUAAACAGGCAGGCGCUGGCUCUGGCCGAGUCCGGCACGCUAAAGGACCCACGUUUUGCAGGCCUCCUUCUCGAUAAACUCCAGGCUCUAGAAUGGCCUCCAAGGGGUCAGGGUGCUGAAAGCUGCUGUGACAUGUGUGGAACUCCUCUGCACCAGCUACGACGUUUGGCUCUUCACUCAGCCCUGGGACUGGCUCUUGAUGGAACCCCUAACCUGCAGUCUGGACCUUUCUCUGGCCUGCUAGCACCUCACCAAAGUGCAUCCUCACAGAGACCCUCCUGGGUGAACCAGGGUUCCUCAUCUGCUACCAUACGACAACCCUCGAGGUACCACGUUGAACCAGUGGCUGGUAUCCAGAAUAAGGAAAUGGGCUGGAUCAAGUCUGGAGCUGCUGGCAUGGACAUAAAGCCGAGCUGCCAUGCUACUGUCACUCCAUUACCCACCUACGCUCAGCAGUAUCUGGAGGGGGUGUGGAGUGUGACAACCAUCAGUAGAGCCCAUCAGCAACAACAAUCGCAGAGUCUGGCUCCAGACGAGGACAGCGGGGCUCCCGAAACUUCACGUUCUAGCCGAGUCAGUGCUAUUCCCUCCAUCGCUCUGAAAGGGAACAGCCGGAGCAGCCGGGUGACAUCUCCACCUCCGGCUCAAAGCUGCUCUGCGGCCUCGUUCUUCCUCAGGGCUGCUCAGAAGCUGAACCUCUCCAAACGGAAGAAGCCUCAGCCUCCUCCGCCGCCGUCCCCGCCUGACCCCGAUGAACCGUUCUUCUACACAGACGGCUUCAGUGCCGCCCUGCAGCUCUCACCCCCACCUGUCCCACCAUGCCUGCUCAGGGUGGGGUCAAAGGUCAAAGACAGCCCCGGGAUGGGCAAGGUUAAAGUAAUGGUGCGCAUCUGUCCUGCGAAAGGGGAACAGGACACUUCUGAGUCCAUGUCCUUCCUGAAGGUGGACGCUCAUAAGAAGCAGCUGACCUUCUGCGAGCCUCCAACUAGCGCUGCAGGUCAGAGACGCUUUUCCUCCACCAUGGCCCCGAAGAUCUUCAACUUCGAUGCAGUCUUCACCCAGGAUGCCUCACAGGCGGAGCUGUGUUCAGGGACGGUGGCGGAGGUCAUUCAGUCUGUCCUCAACGGUGCUGACGGGUGCAUCUUCUGUUUCGGACACGCCGACCUCGGUAAAACCUACACCAUGAUCGGUAAAGACAGUUCCACUCAGAGCCUGGGCGUCGCCCCGUGUGCCAUCUCCUGGCUCUUCAAGCUCAUCGAGGAGAGGAAAGAAAAAUCCGGUGCUCGGUUCUCUGUGCGCGUCUCGGCCGUGGAGAUCAGCGGGAGGGAUGAAGUGCUGACUGACCUUCUAGCCAACUUCUCUGUAGGAACGCUCCAGGAUGUCCAGGGUGCGGGGGUCUACCUGAAAGAGGACCCCAUCUCCGGUUCACAGCUCCAGAAUCAGAGUGAGCUAAGGGCGUCUACUGCAGAGCGAGCCGCCUUCUUUCUGGACUCGGCUUUAGCGGCACGGAGCACCAGCAGACCUGAAAAUGCUGAAGAGCAGCAGUGUAACUCUCACAUGCUCUUCACCCUGCACGUCACCCAGUACCGCAUGGAGAAGAGCGCCAAAGGAGGAAUGUCUGGGGGUCGGAGUCGUCUACAUCUUCUAGACCUGGGCAGUUGUGAAUCUGAUGUCAGUCGAACAAGGGAUGGAGGUGGAGGCCAGUGUCUGUCUCUGGCUGCUCUGGGGAACGUCAUCCUGGCUUUAGCCAACGGUGCCAAGCAUGUUCCUUAUAGGGACAGCAAGCUCACCAUGCUGCUGAGGGAAUCAUUGGGCAACAUCAACUGCAGAACCACCAUGAUCGCCCACAUCUCAGAUUCACCGGCCAGUUUUACCGAGUCACUCUCCACUGUGCAGAUAGCCUCUCGUAUUCAUCGCAUGAGGAAGAAGAAAUCCAAGUAUGCCUCCAGUUCUUCAGGAGGGGAGAGCUCUUGUGAGGAAGGACAAACCCGACGACCGCCUCACUUAAGACCGUUAUACCCCAGGACAGUGGCUCUAGACCCGGACCACCCUGCACUUCUGUCCAGUGAUCCGGACUACUCCUCCAGCAGUGAGCACUCAUGUGACACAGUUAUCUAUGUAGGUCCUGGUGGAGCCCAUAUUUCUGACCGUGAACUCAGCGACAACGAAGGCCCUCCAGCCUUCGUUCCUAUCAUUCCUUCGCUGAACAAAAAGCGUGCAAAAGAGGCUCCCAAAUCAGAUCGGGAUCAUCUAAAGUGCAACACGUUUGCAGAAUUACAAGAACGGCUUGAGUGUAUUGAUGGAAGCGAGAGCACAGCUACUUUUAUAGGCGAAGGAAAAGGACCUCAGACAGUCCCUAAGACUCAAAUUGGAGCUGGGAAAGCUACAGAUGGGGUUCUUACAUGUACCAAGAUGAUUAAAUCCUCCCUCCAAACGCCUUAUUACAUGGAACACUCCGAAGUCUCCUCAGAUGGAGCUGUAUCGGAUCAAACUUCAGCUCAGGACACUGAGCCAGUUGUACGAGAGAAGGUCUUCAGCGACAAAGGACCUUCACCCUCAUUACAAAAGACCUCAAAUUUGGCCGAUGAUAGUAUUUUAGCCACAAGGACACCUCCAGUGGGUAUGAGUCAGCCAGCACUCAGGCAAGGCGUACCUUAUCAUCUAAGUAGGAGCCCAAUGGAAGUGAGCCACCUCAGAGCAGCUUUUCAGAGCAGAUGUCUUGAGAGAGAUGUUUUAAGGACUACUGUCACUCUACAGCAACCUGUUGAGCUAAACGGGGAAGAUGAACUAGUGUUUACUGUGGUCGAGGAGCUGCCUACUGGUCUAAUUCCAGACAACGGUCGACCAUCCAGCAUAAUCAGCUUUAACAGUGACUGCUCCCUGCAGGCUAUAUCCUCUGGAUCACGUCCAGUCAGUAUUAUCAGCAGCAUCAAUGAUGAGUUUGAUGCAUACGUAUCCCAAGUAGACAGUGCACAAAAAAGCCAUGCAAGGUCAAAAGAAGAAAUGUCACCUGACCACAGCACAGCGCUAUCUUCCAAAGGCUCAUAUUUCAGAAAAACGGUGAAUACAGAUGCCACAUAUUUGCCUAGAGGUAUUACAUCAAAGGGGAUGACCAUACGUGAUAAUAUUUCAACAACAAAUAUACCUGGUGCUUUAUGUAUGGAGUCUUCCUCACAGCAAGGCACAAACAGCUCCUUCAGUGACAGUGCGUUAUGUUUUUCAGAGUUAGACUACCAAUCAGGAACCUCUGAGAAAAUUCAUAUAGCCAAGUGCCCACCACCUUUUGAUACAAAUAAAGCAUCUUUCAGAGGUCAAAAGUCAGUUAAAUCUAGUACCACUAGCUCAUCACAGUCAGUACAGAUGCCUAGUGUGAACCAGUCUACUCUACAGAGAAAAAACAAACCUACCUCAUCUGUUGAGCCAAAUAGCAGCUUGAACCGAGAGUUACAGAGGCAAGGAAGCAGGACAGACGAACACUGGAUGCCCACAAGUAGCCAGGUAGAUUCAAGAAGUACAGAAGUCAUCGCUGCAGGCAAGCCAUCCAAAACUGGCAUGAGUGGAAUCCCAUCCAGGAAGACCACAGGUGGGAGUAGCAGCAGUGUACCACGGUCUCCAAAAAUGCCUCCGUCUUCCUCCUCCCAAAGGGUGGUGGAUGGUUGUGAAAAAUCCAGUGUUAAAAAAGGAGAGAGCAUGAGCAGGAUGCCUCAGCUUAGACGAGGGGCGACAACACUUGGCAUGAUCACGGUGCCUCAAAGCCCCUCAGAGUCCAAGUGGGGCCAUGAUGCCAUGCAAACAAGUACCACAUUGAAAUACUCAUCCUUAGGGAAGCGGUCAAAUGGGCAGAAAAUCUUACUCCCAAAGUCUGGCAGCAUGUCACCCCCUGUCCCACCCAUCAGAAAAUCUAGCUUGGACCAGAAGACACGUGUUUUGGUGUCUCCUAGUGCCUUAAGGUCAUUAAGCAAUGAUGCAGCCAGAUCCUCAUCAUCCAAAGCAACAGUCUCUGAGGAGGAUUUUGAUGUUCGGCUUAGAGGGGACUCUUUUAGCUUUAAAUCGUUCAGCUUAAAGUCAGGAUCCAGUCUUCACACACGCGGUGCAAAAGCAGACAAUGGAAGAUACUUUGGGAGUCUUUUCUCCCUUGAAAGAUGUGACAGCUUGACAUCAAUUGGAUCUAAACAAGGAAUGAUGCGAGAGAGCAGUAGUGUUAACCUUGGUGGUAAUGGCAAGUCGAAUAAGAUGGUACCAAGACUUGGGGUUACCAGCUCCACCUCUGCACCCCUAUCUCCUCCAUCGGCCAGUACCCUUGGAGUCAGCAAAUUAGGGCAGAUCAAAGCUAAUAUAAGUCCUAGAGCCAUGGUUGGCAAUGGAAACAAAACAAAGUCCUUGUCUAGCAAUGGUUCCAAACCUUUGAGUGCCACAAAAUCAUUUUCCACCUCAAGUGUACGGACUGCCAACCUACCUCCGAGUGGAAAAACAUCAACUCGUUCAGUUAUGGGUGCAAGUGCAAAAGCAGGUAAAGGCACCCUCAUGGGCACAAAGCAAGCCAUUCGAGCUGCAAAUAGCCGGGUCAGUGAGCUAGCAUCAAGCAGCCCCAAGAAACACAUCAAGGUUUCUGAUGAUCAGGCAAGCGCUUCUGGUGAUUUUGGACCAAAUCUAAAAAGCGAGCUUUUACUGCCUUGUUCAUUGCCAUCACCAUACAGCAAGAUCACGGCUCCACGACGACCGCAGCGCUACAGCAGCGGCCAUGGUAGUGACAACAGCAGUGUUCUUAGUGGGGAGCUACCCCCAGCCAUGGGCCGCACUGCUCUCUUCUACCACAGUGGAGGCAGCAGUGGCUAUGAAAGCAUGAUCCGGGAUAGUGAAACCACAGGUAGUGCAUCUUCCACCCACGACUCCAUGAGCGAGAGCGGAGUGUCUACCUCCAGCCGAACCAAGGUGUCAAAGUCUCCCAAAAAGAGAGCCAAUGGCCUGCAGCGGCGGCGGCUGAUCCCUGCUCCCCUGCCGGACAAUUCCUCCCCUGGCAGGAAGGCUGGAGCUGCAGGCCAGUGGGUGGACCUGCCUCCGUUGGGGGGCUCCCUGAAGGACGCCUUUGAGAUUAAAGUGUACGAGAUAGAUGACGUGGAGCGACUGCAGAGAUGCAAGGAAGGGAUGGUUACUGAGGGCUUGCAGUACUUCAGCGCUCGCCUCAGGAUGCUGGAGAAGAGGCAGCAGCAGAUCCGGGAGCUCAGGGCCAAGCACGAGAGGCUAAGGAGGGAACUGGAGGACGCCAAGACUCAGCUAAUGCUCGACCCCGACAAGUGGACGGGAGAGUUUGAUGUGGAUCCGGAUCUGGACCCGGAGUCGCAGGACUACCUGGAGGCUCUGGUUCAGGCCACGGCAGAGCUGGAGUUCUGCGUCAACCUGUGCAAGUCUCGCGUCAUGAUGGAGACCUGCUUCGACAUUCUGGCACCGACAUCCCCGGGGCAAGAGCUGGAGGUGUGAUGAGGAGAUAAAAACAUGAGUGGAGAUUUACUGAGAUAUUUAUUUACAAAACCAGGAAGUGCCUUGAUUUGAAAAUAAAUGAAUAAAUGAAUCAUCGUUUCUGAUUGGUGCUGGUACUGAGAUGGCGACUGUACCUAAUCAAACCCGUUAGCAGAUUUCUUUUGGAAAAUAUCGGUUAUUUUGCAUUGUAAAGUAGUGUGUGAAAACAAAACAGGUGCAUAAUGAAAGUGAAAAAAAGGGAGAGAAAAGCAAUAAGGUAAUUUAUUGCCAAUCCCAGACCCUCCUGUGGAGUUGCCCAUCGUGAUCAUUUAUUGUGUUUAUUUUAUUUAUAACCCUGCCAAAGUGUUUAUUAUUUAAUAUAUUAACACUAAACCACUAAACCCAGCACGUAUACGUGCCCAAAAUAUUCCGUAAAGUCGCUUCAUAUCUAUAAGAGGUAUGUAGAUUGGAAUAAUCUGGGUUUAGAGUUAUCCCGAUUAGUUAAUCUCAGAUUUCUCAAGAGAUGUCGAAAGAACAUGUUUUGAAUUCUUCGAAAAUAAUUGGCAGUUAAAAAUUGGCAAUCAAGAAAACAUGCCCAAGAUUUAACGAACAUCCAGCGUGAAAGCAGCCGUGUGUGUGAUUCCUGACAUCUCUUUCAUCAAUUUAUGAAACACUGAUUAAUUCUUUUUGCUCCUGAAGCAGAACCUGUCUCUAAAGACUCGAAGCAAUUUUGUUCAGAUGUUGCUCAGUGAGCCACAAAACAAAAAUAAGCGAUUAACAAAUCGAGUGGUUUCCUCUUGAGUCUUUCAUUUCUGAUCAUCUUGUAGACCAAUAAAAAAUUUCAAAAAAUUCCCAUGGGGAGUGUGUUGCAAAAUUUAUUUAAAAUAAAUAAAUUCAAAUCAAUCCUUAUUAAAAUAGGAACAAAAAACCUCGGGCUUUUAAACCUGAGCGCAUGAGUUAUCUUUAUUUAAUGCUCUAUUAUUUCUCAUUUUUGUCUAAUUAUUUACAGCAUUUUAUGAGUUUUAGGAGUGUUUUUUUUUCUUUCUCACAGAUAUGUAAGAGUUUCUCAGUGUUUCAGCUUUAUACUGUACAGUUUUUUAACACUUUGUAAGAACAUGUACAGAACCUUCCAUAUGCAUCAGUACAUGAUUAUGAAUAAAAACAAUU